AUGGACAAGCCUGUAUACCAGUUUAAGAAGCAAGGUUCCGACAAGUGUCAAAAGAAACCGCCUCUUCGAUCUCUGCGUCAGUUGGUGAACGCUGAGUGCCAGUACCGAUGGCCCGAGGGCACUGUUCUCUACCACCAGAUUGAAGCACCCCCGAGUCUACGUCCUGGUAUUAAGGUGUCCGAUCUCAGUGGUCUACCCUCAAACCUGCAGGAGCCGUCCACGAAACUACGGUACGCCAACGCGGAUGAGUACCGAGUUAUUAAGGACCUACCCGCGGACACAGUGAAAGGCUACCUACUUCUGAGGAAUGCGCACUCAAAUACAAUGCUCUAA